UUUAUUACAAAGUCCAGUUUACAGUCAGUCAUAGCGGGUUGAAAGUGUGUGUGUAAAAGGAAGAAGAAUGAAUCUCUUACUGGAUUUCCUCGGGCUUUUAGUCAUCAUAAUCUAUUCUUAUGUGGAGGCUUUGGUGAAACUUUUCAUUCCUGCAAAGAGAAAAUCCAUCAGUGGUGAAAUUGUGCUUAUCACAGGAGCAGGACACGGCCUUGGAAGACUUACAGCUUACAAAUUUGCCAAGCAGCAAAGCAGAUUGGUUCUCUGGGAUAUAAACAAGCAUGGCAUUGAGGAAACAGCUGAAGCAUGCAGAAAGCUGGGAGCCACCACCUAUGCAUUUGUAGUGGACUGCAGCAACAGAGAAGAAAUCUACAGCACUGCAGAGAAGGUGAAAAGAGAUGUUGGAGAUGUGAGUAUCCUGGUGAAUAAUGCUGGAGUGGUGGCAGCAGCAGAUCUGCUUUCCACUCAGGACAAUCUGAUACAGAAAACGUUUGAGGUCAACAUUCUUGCUCAUCACUGGACAACGAAAGCCUUCCUGCCAGCAAUGAUGAAAAAGAACCACGGCCAUAUUGUCACAGUUGCAUCAGCUGGAGGGCACGUAGUGGUUCCUUUCCUGGUUUCUUAUUGUUCAAGCAAGUUUGCAGCUGUUGGGUUUCAUAAAAGCCUGACUCAAGAAUUGUCUGCAUUGGGAAAAGAUGGGAUCAAAACCUCAUGCCUUUGUCCAGUUUUUAUAAACACUGGCUUUAUAAAACGUCCAAGUUCAAGAUUAUUGCCUACUCUGGAGCCUGACAAAGUUGCAAGUAAACUCAUGGAUGGAAUACUUUGCAACCAAAAAAUGAUAUUCGUUCCACCAUUUGUGAAAUGCAGCCUGUUCCUUGAAAGAAUUCUACCAGAGCGUGCCUUGAAGGCUAUGGAGAAGUUCCUGAAAAUAAAAUUUGAUGCAGUUGUUGGAUAUGGGGGGAAAGAAAAUUAA